CACGGCACUCAAACACAGAACCAGUAAACAGGAAACUCUUCAGUUCAGAGAAACUGAAACUAAACUGUAGUUGAGCUGUUGUGUGUCGCUGUAUUCAUGCAGUAAAAUGGCAGAAGCCAGAUUUUCUGAAGAUGAGUUCAUGUGUCCAGUGUGUCAGGAUCUCCUGAAGGAUCCAGUGACCACUUCCUGUGGACACAGUUAUUGUAAGAUCUGUAUUACAGGCUGCUGGGAUCAGGGGGAUCAGGAGGAUCAGAUGGGAGUCUACAGCUGCCCUCAGUGCAGACAGACCUUCAGUCCAAGACCUGUUUUAGCUAAAAACACCAUGCUGGCUGAAGUGGUGGAGAAACUGAAAAAGAGAAAACUUCCUGCUGACUGUUACGCUGGAGCUGGAGAUGUGCAGUGUGAUGUCUGUACUGGAAGAAAACACAAAGCCGUCAAGUCCUGUCUGGUGUGUCUGAACUCUUACUGUCAGAAUCACCUUGACCAACAUGAGCGUUUCUUUAAAGAAAAGAGACACAAUCUGACUGAAGCCACUGGACGACUGCAGGAGAUGAUCUGCCAGAAACACAACAAGAUCCUUGAGGUUUUCUGCCACACUGAUCAGAAGUGUAUAUGUGUGAUGUGUAUGGAUGAACAUAAAAACCAUGACACUGUAUCAGCUGCAGCACAGAGGACAGAGAAACAGCCCCAGCUGAAGGAGACGCAGAGGUUGUUCCAGCAGAGGAUCCAGCAGAGAGAGAAAGAUCUUCAGCAGCUGAGAGAGGCUGUGGAGUCUCAUAAGCGCUCUGCACAGACAGCAGUGGAGGACACUGAGAGGAUCUUCACUGAGCUCAUCCGCUCCAUUGAGAGAAGCUGCUCUGAGGCCACACAGCGGAUCAGAGAUCAGGAAAAGACUGCAGUGAGUCGAGCUGAAGGACGACUGGAGCGACUGGAGCAGGAGAUCAAUGAUCUGAGGAGGAGAGACGCUGAACUGGAGCAGCUUUCACACACACAGGAUCACAUCCAUUUCCUGCAGAGUUUCCAGUCUCUCUCAUCUCCUCCUGAAUCUACAGACGUAAAUGAUGAUCCCUUCAGUUCUUUCUCCUCUUUUGAUGUUGUGAGAGAAUCUGUCCUUCAGCUGAGAGACAAACUGGAGGAUUUCUGCAAAGAAGAGCUCAAGAAGAUCUCUGACAGAGUCACUUUCACCAACAUUGUUCCCAGGACCAGGAACGACUUCCUACAAUAUUCCCAUCAGCUCACUCUGGAUCCAAACACAGUGAAUAAAAACCUCUGUCUGUCUGAGAGGAACAGAGUGAUUAGAUUCACUGACACAGUGCAGUCAUAUCCUGAUCAUCCAGACAGAUUUGAUGGAUAUAAUGCUCAGGUGUUGUGUAGAGAGAGUGUGAGUGGACGCUGUUACUGGGAGAUUGAGUGGAGUGGUCUUGGUGUGUUUAUAUCAGUGUCAUAUAAGAGCAUCAGCAGGAAGAGACGGGGUGAUGAAUGUCGGUUUGGAUAUAAUGAUCAGUCCUGGAGUUUGUUCUGCAUUUCCUCCAGUUACUCAUUCAGACACAAUGACAUAGGGACUAAACUCCCUGUAAAGCCCAUCAGCAGGAAAAUAGGAGUGUAUGUGGAUCACAGUGCAGGAACUCUGUCCUUCUACAGCAUCUCUGACACAAUGAGCCUCAUCCACACAGUCCAGACCACAUUCACUCAACCGCUCUAUCCUGGGUUUGGGAUUUAUAAUAAAUCAUCAGUGAAACUGGGUUGAUGAAUCAGAAUAGACUGUUUAGAAAUUCAACCAAUAAUGCUUUGAGCUGCAUGAUAAAUCAGUCAGAGAUGGCUUAUAUUUCCUCUUAAUUGCAUUAAUAAUACAGCUGAACUUCUUUUUUUACUGAAAUAACAUGUCAGAAUAAAUGUGUAUGAUGAAUCCUCAUAUGUGAAAUAAACAUACGACAGAAAAUUGGAUAUACAGCCGUUUCCAUGCAAAGCUUCUUGGGUUACAACUGUACCCCUGGUACCCUGAGAACAGGGAAUGAGGCAUUGCGUCCUGAGAUGCUUUUGGGGAACAACUCCACGUAACUGGUAUCUGAAGCAACUGUUAAAUUACGGCAAUCCUAUUGGCCGGCCACAGCCUAUGACACCAUACUAGUGUGACUAUGAAGUAUACAAGGGGUGCCUAGAGAACAUGUCAUCCACUUAUCGUCUGAAGGGACUGUUCACAGGCAGCCCGGAGGAAUGGUAGGGAGACGCAGUGUCUUGUUCCCUGUUCUCAGGGAACCAACCCGAGACAUUCCCUUUCGAAAGGGAACUCGCACUGCAGUCUCGCACUGCGUCCUUUUUUGGAACAAAAUACCCACGCUGCCAUGCUGAGGAGAGUGCAUGCCAAAAAAUGGCUAUGACCAAGCACAAAUAAUGGCAGUUUCAACAGAAAUGCCAAAAACCACUCUCACCACUUCUGGUCACAAAGGAGUGACAGUACUCCUUAUGGCUACUGCCUGUGCCAUCAUGCUUCAAUAAGGAAGUACCUUCGUAGUAACAGAAGGACUUGUCAAAGGCCACUCAAAGGCUUGGAACCAGCAUCUUGACUGGGAAGGGGAUCCUUUAAGGGAGUAUGGCCAAUGGGCCGAAAGAAGCCUUGGCCAGUCACUUUUAGGGGGACUUUAUGUCAAUCCCUAUAGCCACCAGGAAGGCUGACCUGGUCUAACUUGUGACCCAGUCUAGCCAACAACCUUUCUGAUUUAUAAACAGAAUCUCUUACAGGAGAGGUAACCAAAUGAGAGGGGCCGCAAAAGAGAUAGUAAUCAACUCACACCAUACAAAGAGACUGUGACAGGACUCAGCAUAGCACUUUCCAACCCUUACAAAUGAGAGGAGUUACUCUACAGAGUGUUUCUUUUCCAAAGCACUGAGGUUGGGUACUCUACAUAGGGCCCCUAAUGAGAUGCGUACCUCCAGCUCUAUCAGGAGCUGAUCUACCAAAGGGGUUCUUUUUACAAGAAUCUUCUAAACCUUCUCACAAUAGUCCUUCUACCUUCUGAUCAGACUCUGGGAGUGCAGUACUCUAUAGAACAACACUUUAAACAAGGGGAGUACAAAUUUCAAAUUUACAUCCAAGCUCGAGUUGAAGAUGGACAGCCUUAUUAGCUUAAAGAUGUUAUGAGGAAACAAACUCGUGAAACAAGGGCAGUUGACAUAGCUUGACCCAAGACAAUGCUCAAAGGUGAAGGCCUGAGAAUCUUGCUCUAAGACAAGUUCUUAGCAGUCUGAACUCAGCUCUGGAGGAAUGGAGGCCUCAAGGGGAAGAAAUUCCACAGGAGAGGCCUGCAACACUCAACCCUGCGACUUGAUGGUAAUCAAGGAGCUUUCGGUGGACAGCCUGCUCUAAAAGCCUCAAACUACACAAUGCUACUACCAAAGCUUUAGAGAGUGGAGACUUCAACAUAGUGCUUUUCACUCUCUAAUUGAAAGGAAGUCUAACAAUGCUUAAAGGACAACCACAGGGGAGGCUUUCUGCAAUAGCCUGCAACACCUGACUAUUUGUUUGUGCCUAACACCACUAGGGAACCAUAGCUCAGCAAAUCGCUUUUACUCUAGUAACAUGGGGAGUCUCAGCUCAACCUAGGCAGAUUGAGGAGGCCACAGGGCCUGUUACUUGCAUUAUUAGCCUAAUGCAGAAGGCAGGCCCUGGCUGGACGACUCUCACAGUGAGAGGCCAGGAUCACUAGCUGCCAGGCUUGAGGGGGAUGGGGGCAUAAUGCCUUCUAUGCAAAAGUGGUCCAGCUCUUCAGAAGAGGAGGGGCAUGAGAGGUGAUUCUAGCCCUCUGGCCCGGUCUGCGGGCCAAACUGGGACAGCCAGGACCCCCUGGGUGUUUAAGCGUAGACUCAGACUGGCAUGGUCAGAUUAAAAUUUAGAACUAAAUGCUGGUCCAGUCUUCAGCAGUUCAGCUUGUAUGCUUAAAGCACUCCCAUUGCAGUCCAGCAUGACCUGCUGCCGUGUAUGUGCUGCCAUAUAAGGGCAGGGCCAGAUCUUUCUGUCGAUGCCUCUCCAGCUGUGAGAUAGUUAGCAAACAUCUCAUCUAAGGGGGAUCGGCAUGUAUCCAAGCUCACACACCCCCUCGGCAUCUGCAUAAUUUGCCUGCUGAUGUCGGCGGAUGCGGGUCAAAUAAGGAUUCUUCCAUGCCCUCUCAAUCUCAGUGUGGAGGUAGGAAAGGAAGGGAAUUUCAGGAAGGAAAACAAAUCAUAUUGCAGGGCAGCUGAGAGGGCUCAGAUGCCCUUUUCACCCUCAGCAGUUAUAUCCUGCUCUUCCUGGCUUGACGUCAGUGGAGCACUCUCUCACUUCUUCCAGCCACUAAAGAGAGAGGUAACACUUCUUUCUAACUCUUUAAUCUGAGACCCCCACAAUCUCAGUCUCUUUUCAGUGAGAGAGACUGAGCUGCUGGGUACAGAUGCCUGUCCCUCUUCCCUCAGUAAGAUAGACAAACAAGAUUGGGGUUUCCUAAAGAGGAAAGGUUCACAGUACAUGCAAACAUCUCUCUCAAGAACUGUGUGUGCUCGUCGCCCAAACAAGUAACGCAUAAGUUGUGUAUGAUCAAGUGUCA